UUCCGGGGUCGAAGGGUGCGCGGGGUUGAAAGCAGGCCGCUCCGCCCCGUCCCCCUCCCAGACCAGCAGAGGCAGCAGCCGGAGCAGCCGCAGCCUGCGCCCUCUCCCGCCCGCCCGCCCUCCGCCCGCCCGCCCGCCCUCCGCCGCCCUCCACCCGCCCCGGGGUCUCUUUCCCCCUUCCUCCUCCUCCUCCUCCACCCCCCCCUUCCUCCUCCGCCCGCCCGCGGGGCCCCCCUCGCCUUCCCGCCCGCCCCUAUUGUUCCGCCCCCGGCCUCCCGCCCUUCCCCUUCCCGCCCGCUCCCCUUUUCCCCUCAGUCGCCUCGCGCCUGCAGUUUUUGGCUUUCACCCCCCACCAGUGACCAAAGACUUGACCACUCAAAGUCCAGCUCCCCAGAACACUGCUCGACAUGGACACCGGUGUGAUUGAAGGUGGAUUAAAUGUCACUCUCACCAUCCGGCUACUUAUGCAUGGAAAGGAAGUUGGCAGUAUCAUCGGAAAGAAAGGAGAAUCAGUUAAGAAGAUGCGCGAGGAGAGUGGUGCACGUAUCAACAUCUCAGAAGGGAAUUGUCCUGAGAGAAUUAUCACUUUGGCUGGACCCACUAAUGCCAUCUUCAAAGCCUUUGCUAUGAUCAUUGACAAACUGGAAGAGGACAUAAGCAGCUCUAUGACCAAUAGCACAGCUGCCAGUAGACCCCCGGUCACCCUGAGGCUGGUGGUCCCUGCUAGUCAGUGUGGCUCUCUCAUUGGAAAAGGUGGAUGCAAGAUCAAGGAAAUACGAGAGAGUACAGGGGCUCAGGUCCAGGUGGCAGGGGAUAUGCUACCCAACUCAACUGAGCGGGCCAUCACUAUUGCUGGCAUUCCGCAAUCCAUCAUUGAGUGUGUCAAACAGAUCUGCGUGGUCAUGUUGGAGACUCUCUCCCAGUCCCCCCCGAAGGGCGUGACCAUCCCGUACCGGCCCAAGCCGUCCAGCUCUCCGGUCAUCUUUGCAGGUGGUCAGGACAGGUACAGCACAGGCAGCGACAGUGCGAGCUUUCCCCACACCACCCCGUCCAUGUGCCUCAACCCUGACCUGGAGGGACCACCUCUAGAGGCCUAUACCAUUCAAGGACAGUAUGCCAUUCCACAGCCAGAUUUGACCAAGCUGCACCAGUUGGCAAUGCAACAGUCUCAUUUUCCCAUGACGCAUGGCAACACCGGAUUCAGUGGCAUUGAAUCCAGCUCUCCAGAGGUGAAAGGCUAUUGGGCAGGUUUGGAUGCAUCUGCUCAGACUACUUCUCAUGAACUCACCAUUCCAAACGAUUUGAUUGGCUGCAUAAUCGGGCGUCAAGGCGCCAAAAUCAAUGAGAUCCGUCAGAUGUCUGGGGCGCAGAUCAAAAUUGCGAACCCAGUGGAAGGAUCUACUGAUAGGCAGGUUACCAUCACUGGAUCUGCUGCCAGCAUUAGCCUGGCUCAAUAUCUAAUCAAUGUCAGUUUAGAAAACGCUAAACCCUCCUCCCAGGCAGCCUCCGUCACGAUCCCUGAUCACCUCAGCAUCAACCUCUCUCAACCCUCCACCCCUUCUUCUUCUUCCUCCUCCACCACCACCCCCUCGCUCGCCACAGCGGGGACCUCCGACGCACCCUCCAGCCUCCCCAACCCUCUUCCGACCGCCCCUUGUGUCUCCAGUCUGCUUGGCAUGAAACCCAUCCCUCUCCUGGCUCUAAAUGUUGUGUCUGCUGCUAAGGGUACCGGGGCUUCAGCUACCACCACCACCACCUCUGCCGUGCCAUGUGUAACUAACAAACUGAAAGGCGAGAAACAGAGAUUCUCUCCCUACUGAUUGCAUAUCUUGAGGCACCUCCCCCAGUAUUAUUUGGUUCAUUUUGUUUUCCUUUGUUAACAUUGGUGAGAAUGAAACUAUUGUGAGCUUGUUACGGUUUCCUUUUUACUACUUUGGGGGAUAACUGGGUGGGGGUGGGGGAGUGGUAACCCUUGUUUAGGUUUAGGCCAUUUCAGCUGAGUGCCUGUUUCAGGGUCUGACUUGAAUUCUUUAUCUAGAGCCACAGUUUUCUCUUCUUUCUUGUUACUUUUCUUUGUAGCUUUAUUCUGCCUUGCAAUAUAACAAUGUGUUAGGCUCUGUGUUAAUGAAUAAAAGCUGCUUCCUUAACCUUUUUUUUUUUUUUUUUUAAAGAAUUAUUUAAUGGUUAAGCUAUCAGCAGGCCUUCUUGGCCAUAUUUGUGUUUCUAGCUGUAAUAAAGUUGGCGCAGUAAGAACCUUA